GUGUGCGCUCCGUGUGGUAAGAAAAUCAAAUACGGAGGAAAAAGUGCAAAUCGUUUUCUUAUAACUGAUAAAAUUUGUGAAAGAAUAAAAUGUUUCAUCGAUCCUGAUUUCUCUACUCAAAACAGUAAAUUUCCAAUUGGUAUUUGUGCAACAUGUUCUACAACUUUGGUUGAACACGAAAAAGGUAUCAAUAAAAGGCCUCUACCACCAAGGAUAAAUUACGAGGAUAUUCAUCUAAAAAAGGAUACGCGGUCGGGAACUUUUGAAAUUUGCGCAUGUUACAUUUGUCUGACGGCAAGAUGUAAUUAUCACAAAAAACCAGAAUAUUCUCGUCAUGAAGGUCGCCAAUUUAAUACAAUAAUUGAUGAGCAUAACGGAAAAUACGGAAAAGAAAUAAAUAGUAAAUUAUCGAUUGCUUCAUUUGACGACAACAAUCCCGUUAAAAUUGAUAAAAUUUCGAAAAGUAUAUCACUGUGUAGUAAAUGUUAUCAACCAUUUGGAAAAGGCAAAAUGCAUUCUUGCAGUGAUAAGAGCAUGUCUGUAGCCUCGAUAAAAAAUAUUUUAGAAAAUUUACCUCAAAAGCAAGUGGAACAAGUGGUUAGUUCAGUUGUGAAAGACUUAAAAAGUAAGGAAGUCCCAGAAAAAUCGUCAAUUGUGCUGAGUAAUGAAAGAGGUAAACCGACAGUUCUUUAUACAAAAUCUAUUUCAAAUAAAAAUGACUUGUUCUCUAACGAUGAUCUAGACAAUUUCGCAGUUAACUCAAAUUCUUCAGUCCGCGGACUCAGAAAAUUAACCAAUUUCAUACGUUCUAAGGUAGGCCGUAAUUCAGUUCCUAAAAGAUAUGCCGAGCAUUUUACAGAGAAGCAAAGAAAGUUAGAUUACCUCUAUAAAAGUGAUACGUUUUCUUUUGAUACGUCAAAAUCAAAAGAGCAGAGGCCUGUAAUUUGGGCUGACGCUACAGAUUUAGUAGAAGCAGUAGUAGAAGCAAGAAAAUUCAUUGGAUUUUACUCCGUAAAAUUAAUGGCAGAUGGGGGUGGGGAUUUUUUCAAACUUUGCCUAACCAUACUUCCAGAAGAUUAUUCUUCUGAAGAAUGUGAACAAGAUUGCUUCGAAGAACCAUCGAAAAAAAGAACGAAAUUGUACGCUGAGGGUGGGUCCGCUGGUUGCAAAGCAAAACUGACGAGUGUGAAAAGAACUAUUAUUCUUGGUAUCGUUCCAGACAUAAAGGAAACAUAUGAAAAUGUGAAAAUUUUAUUUGAUUUAACGAAAAUUAAUGAUGUUUCAUUCAAAAUGGUUUGCGAUUUUAAAUUAAUGUUGUUAGUCAACGGAAUGCAAACAGCAACAUCUACAUUUCCGUGUCCGUACUGCUUCGUUACUUUGAAAGAAUUGCGCUGUAUCGGAGAGGAUCAUUCUGAAAAUGCAGAUUGCGAAAAAUCGGUUUCUCUUAAAACAUACGGAGAUUUGAGAAAAGACUUUUAUAAAUUUGAGAGUAUGAAGAAAGUUAAAAAAUUUGCUCCUGAGUGCCACAGCACUGUAAAUCUGCCUCUUCUCACCGAAGCUGAUGAUGUAUGCGUUCUUGAGAAAUGCAUUAUACCCGAAUUACAUGUUCUUCUGGGCUUUGUUAAUCAUUUGUUUUGGGAUGGACUCGUACCCAUCUUAACAGAACCAGUGGCACUAUUAUGGCCGAAAAAACUUAACCUUGUUACUAAAAAUUACCAUGGACGCCAAUUUGAAGGUAACGCCUGUCGUGUUCUGCUUAAAUCGGCUGAUAUGCUUAAGGACAAGGACAUAUGUGGCGAAGUUGGUGAGCUACGUGUAUUACCAUUCAUCAACGCUUUUAAAGCUAUGGAUAAGAUAGUUGGCAACUGCUUUUCAACAAAGAAAAUCGAACCAGAAACUGUUCAAAAUUUAAAUAAAUUAAACAAAAUUCUACCAGCAACGGAAAUUUCGAAGACCUUAAAAAUCCAUGUUCUGCUAGAUCAUUUUAUGGACUGUGUCAAUUUUUUGGAUGGAGAUGGACUGGGAAAUUGGUCUGAACAAGCCGGCGAAUCGAUCCAUCAUGAGUUUUUAAUUCACUGGAAUCGCCGAAAAGUGUCUUCCUUUGAUAAUCCAUCCUACAUUAAUCAACUAAAGUCCGCUGUCAUUUCAUUUUCAUCUUUAAAUCUGUAAAAUUUGGGAUUGUGUGCUUUGGUUGUGGGGCUGUUGUUUUAAUUAAUAGAGGUGGAAGUAGCAAUUCGGGGUUGAUGGAGAGGGAAAAACCGCUUUUCGAAUACUUUUCAGAAAACAAAAAGACGAAUUUGGUUUUGCCAAAUAUGCAAGGUGGUGGAGAAAUUUUAAGUAAAGAUGCUUGGUUUAUUGACAAGGAUUUUGAAGGUGAAAAAGUAAAAAGACCAAAACCUCUCCAAAAAUUCACAGGUUUUUGUCCAUUGGGGAUUGUUUUACCUUAUGUGAGUUGUUUUUAUCUUAUUUAUUAUAUUUUUUUGAAAACUAUACAUAUUUAUUAAACAUUAAAUUUAUUACUUCUUUUGU